GCUCUUCGUCCUGCAGGUAAGUAGCGCGAACCGAAACUGAAGUCUCGGAGCUCUCCGGUGGGCGAUGACAGACGCGGAGAAGCGGCUGGCCCCCGUGUCCGGCCUCUGUCCACACGGCCCUGUUUCCGAAAGCAACUUCCACGAUCCUGAGCUCUAAACGAACUUUCCUGCCUUGGUUCAUCAGGGACCAGAGGAAGACCGAGAGGCAGAAUCCGAGUUAACCGUCACGCAGUUGAAGGAAUUGCGCAAGCAGCAACAAGUGUUGUUGGAGAAGAAGAUGCUGGGAGAAGACUCAGAUGAAGAAGAGGUGGACACCUCUGAAGGGAAGAGAGACGCUAGUAGCCAAGAUGAUGAGAUGGGUUGCACCUGGGGAAUGGGAGAAGAUGCUGUAGAGGAUGACGCCGAAGAGAACCCCAUUGUUGUAGCGUUUCAGCAAGAAAGGGAGGCCUUUUACAUAAAGGAUCCCAAAAAGGCUCUCCAAGGUUUUUUUGACCGGGAAGGAGAAGAAUUAGAGUAUGAAUUUGAUGAACAGGGACACAGCACUUGGCUCUGCAGGGUGAGAUUACCUGUGGAUGAUUCAACUGGAAAGCAACUGGUAGCUGAGGCCAUUCACUCAGGAAAGAAAAAAGAAGCCAUGAUCCAGUGCUCACUGGAAGCUUGUCGGAUCCUUGAUACCUUGGGAUUGCUGCGGCAAGAAGCAGUAUCUCGGAAAAGGAAAGCCAAGAACUGGGAAGAUGAAGACUUUUAUGACAGUGAUGAUGACACGUUCCUCGAUCGGACUGGCCUGGUUGAGAAGAAGCGAUUGAAUCGGAUGAAGAAGGCUGGGAAGAUUGACGAGAAGCCAGAGACCUUCGAAUCCUUGGUGGCAAAAUUAAAUGAUGCUGAAAAGGAGCUGUCUGAAAUUUCUGAGAGGCUGAAAGCCUCAAACAAAGCUCUAUCAGAGUCGCCAUCUCAGGACUCCUUAGAUGCAUUCAUGUCAGAAAUGAAAUCAGGGAGUGCUUUAGAUGGUGUAUCCCGGAAGAAACUUCACCUGAGAACAUUUGAACUGAGGAAAGAACAACAGAGACUGAAGGGGUUAAUAAAAAUUGUAAAGCCAGCAGAGAUUCCAGAACUAAAAAAGUCUGAAAGUCAGGCUGCAGAUGCAGAAAACAAAGCUAGAAAGUUUACGUUCCCUCUCUUUGGUGCCAUGAAAGGAGGAAGCAAAUUCAAAUUAAAAACUGGAACAGUUGGGAAGUUACCCCCUAAGCGUCCAGAACUCCCUCCGGCUCUAAUGAGAAUGAAGGAUGAGCCCGAAGUAGAGGAGGAGGAGGAAGAGGAAGAAGAGGAAGAGAAGGAAGAGGAUCGCAGGAAGGAAACAGUGGGGGAUGGAAGUAGCAGGCCGCAGCCAGAGGUGGAGCUAGAGGCGGCCGUGCCAGAGGCGAGGCCCCCCAUGGACCUCAUACUGCCUGCAGAAGCCCGAGACCGAGAAAACAGGCCUCAACUCAGCCAGGCGGAGCAGAGUAAAGGCUAUCAAGAGAUGAGCGAAGCCGUAUUCCCGCACGAGGAACCCUCAGCAUCAAAGAAUGAAUAUGAGAAAAGCAGAGAUGAAUUGAAGAAGAAGAAAACUCCUGGUCCAGGCAAAUUCCCACCAAUACUUUCUUCCAAAUAUCCCGAAGAUGACCCAGACUACUGUGUGUGGGUCCCACCUGAAGGCCAAAGUGGAGAUGGCAGAACCCAUCUUAAUGACAAGUAUGGCUACUGAUUGCUUCAGAAUCCCAAAGGAAGACCUUGUGGAAUGUGGGCUACUUGGGAAAGCAUGGUGAACUGAAUGAAUCAGGUGGUCGUUUGCCCAACCUGGUGACUGGCCUUCCUUGGUACUCUUGGCUUCCUUGAUUUACCUGCUCAUCAGAUCCUCCUGAGUUGGGUAUUUCGGUUUUAAAGUGUUUGUAUAUGUAUGUAAAAAGGGAACCAUGUAUUAUGAGAAUUAGUAGAGUGAGAGGCAUGACUCUAUUAAAAGAAGAAACUGAAGAUGUC